UUCAAAGGCGAGUGCUUCACUUCCUCGUUAAUCAUGGCGGAUGAGAAUGAGACAGCACCGAAGCAGGAGAAAGAAGUGGAGCUAGAGGAGGACCAUGGGCAUUGUAGCGACUGCGAAAAUGAAGAGCAUCAUUUCGAUGAAGGAGAAAAAGGGGACACAGGGGCCAAGAAGAAGAAAAAGAAACAGAAGAAAAAGAAGGACAAAUCUGGAGGAAAGGAUUCAACCCAGGACCCGCUGGCCAAAGUGAACUCUCUCCCCGCCGAUAAGCUUCAGGAGAUUCAGAAAGCCAUCGAGCUCUUCUCAGUGGGACCAGGACCUGCCAAAACCAUGGAAGAGGCUACACGCCGUAGCUACCAGUUCUGGGACACUCAGCCUGUUCCUAAACUAGGAGAGAUGGUGACGACGCACGGCUGCAUCGAGCCUGAUAAAGAUAACAUCCGAGAAGAGCCGUACAGCCUUCCUCAGGGUUUCAGCUGGGAUACACUGGACCUCGGAAAUCCCGCUGUGCUAAAGGAGCUGUACACUCUGCUGAAUGAGAACUACGUGGAGGAUGAUGAUAACAUGUUCCGCUUUGACUAUUCGCCCGAAUUCCUGCUUUGGGCUCUACGUCCUCCAGGCUGGUUGCCGCAGUGGCACUGUGGCGUGAGAGUCAACUCCAAUCAUAAACUCGUGGGCUUUAUCAGUGCCAUCCCAGCCACCAUUCGCAUCUACGACAUAGACAAGAAGAUGGUGGAGAUUAAUUUCCUGUGUGUGCACAAAAAGCUGCGCUCCAAACGCGUGGCUCCGGUGCUGAUCCGAGAGAUCACCAGACGGGUCAAUCUGCAGGGCAUCUUCCAGGCUGUCUACACUGCCGGAGUGGUACUGCCCAAACCUGUGGGGACCUGCAGAUACUGGCACCGAUCUCUGAACCCACGGAAGCUGAUUGAAGUGAAGUUUUCACACCUGAGUCGGAACAUGACUAUGCAACGCACUAUGAAGCUUUACCGGCUGCCAGAGGGCCCGAAGACCGGAGGCUUGAGGCCGAUGACAGUCAAGGAUGUCCCGGCUGUGCACCGCCUGCUGCAGGAUUAUCUCCGUCAGUUCAACCUGGCUCCAGUCAUGUGUAUGGAGGAGGUGAAGCACUGGCUCCUGCCCCAGGAGAACAUCAUCGACACUUUCCUGGUGGAGACUCCUGAGGGGAAGGUGACGGACUUCCUGAGUUUUUACACCUUGCCGUCCACCAUCAUGAACCACUCGGUGCACCGCAGUCUGAAGGCGGCGUAUUCCUUCUACAACGUGCACACCACCACACCACUGCUCGACCUGAUGGGAGACGCGCUCAUAUUAGCCAAAUCGAAAGGAUUUGACGUUUUUAAUGCACUGGACCUGAUGGAGAACAAGACAUUUUUGGAGAAGCUGAAGUUUGGUAUCGGAGACGGGAAUCUACAGUAUUAUCUGUACAAUUGGAAAUGCCCCAGCAUGGGCCCAGAAAAAGUGGGUUUAGUCCUGCAGUGACCCUCUUGCCUCAUCAGAGCCCUUCCUUGCGUCAUAGUGAAGCCAAGAAGCGUCACGCACUGACCACCUGACUGAUGCUCCGGAGGGACUUCCAGGUUUAGGAAGAAAAAGCCACCCCCCCCCACCCACCCCUUUUUUUUGUGCCGAACUUUGAACUCUCGGACCUGCACUACUGCUGCCAGGCUGUUUCUCUUUUUCUUUCUCUCUCAUUUUUUUUCUCCUCCCCCUUUUCUCAGUGUCUCCUUUUCUUCUUAAGUCUCUGCUUCUUCUUUUUACUUCUUCCUCCAUCAGCACUUGGAUCUGAAGCCACUGUAAUUAAUUCCGAUCGCCCGCGAUCGCUAGCGCCGCGAUCGUGUUGUGAUGCGAGCGCGGAUAUGCGCCCAGAAACAGCAGCUCCUCCUUCACGCUGUCUCCGACGAUGCUCGCUCUCGCGGUGAAGAGACUCAGUCCACCCGUUCUUUCUCAUUCUCUCUCUUUCUUUCUCUCUCUCUCUCUCUCUCUCUCUCUCUCUCUCUCUUUCUCUCUCUCUCUCUCUCUCUCUCUCCGUCCAUAAGUGAGGUGUAAUUUUUUUUUUUUUUUUUUUUUUUUUUUUUUGAGAAAAAAAAGAAAAGAAAAAAACUGUCAUCUGCUUGGUGUUUGUAACUAAAACAAUCAAACAAAAAAAAAAAACACUAGAAAAUGCUUGAAACAGAAACAACAACAAAAGAAAGAAAGCAGAUGAUGAUAAAACUCCAGAAUGGACAUUACAAGGGCUGCUGUCAGUAAUUUUCUCCUUUAACCACCAUGAAAGUGUCACUGAUUAAUUGAUGUCGUACAUAGUGGAAGGGAGAGAUUAUUAUAAUUAUUAUUAUUUUUUUUACUCCUUUGCUUUUAUUUUAUUUUAUUUUCUAUCGAUUGAUGGAUCGCUGCUUUAUCACUAACUGACUGCCUGUGAUUUCACUGUAAUGCCAACAGAGAAGCCCUGUGUAAAUACACAAAGACACAUUUAACAAGUAACAACAGCAAAAUAUCGAUAAAAUAAAAUCACAGCUCAGAGUCCAGACCGUGGACAUGGACUAAUGAUUAAUCCUAAGAGGUUUGAAUGCUGAAUAACGAGUGUGUCGGGAAGGUGGAGACGCAUCAGGGGUUGUGAGCGGGGUUGAAAUAAAUAUUUAAACGCAGAGCUGAAUACAGUGUGUUUUUUUUUUUUUUUUUGUAAAGGGGUUAUAUAUAUAUAGAUUAAAUUA